AUGGCAGACGAAAAACUCAAACUCGCAGAGAUCGAGAGCCUCAAGAAGGUCGCCUUCUUUGGCAUCUCCGUGGCAACCAUCGCCACUCUGGUCGCCAUUGUGGCCACGCCCAUGAUGUACAACUACUUGCAGCACGUGCAAUCUUCCCUUCAAAAUGAGGUGGAGUUCUGCCGUCACCGUACCGAUGGGCUGUGGGACGAGUUUGGCCGCUUCGAAGUGGUACGUGGAAAGGAGACACGUAUUAAGAGACGUGCACGUGCAUUCGGAAGUGGAAGCUAUGCCGCUGGAGGUGCUGGAGGUGGUGCCGGGUACGCCACCGGCGGCGGUGGUGGAGAAGGAUCCUGCUGCUCUUGCGGAGUCGGAGCAGCUGGACCACCAGGACCACCAGGAGCCGACGGAAAUCCAGGAACUGAUGGAGCAGCUGGAAAUCCAGGACAAGCCGGAGCCGAUGCAUCCCAAGAGGCACCAUCCGCCGCUGACUUCUGUUUCGAUUGCCCACCAGGACCAGCUGGACCAGCCGGAAACGCUGGACCACCAGGACCACCAGGAGGACCAGGAGCCCCAGGAAACACACCACCAGCUGGAGCCGGAGGGCCACCAGGACCACCAGGUCCACCUGGACCAAACGGAAACGACGGAGCACCAGGAGCACCAGGAAACCCAGGAGCGCCAGGAGCCGUCAACGAGGUUCCAGGACAACAAGGAGCACCAGGACCAGCCGGACCAGCCGGACCACCAGGACCUGCAGGAAAUCCAGGAACCGCCGGGUAUGCUCAACCAGGACCAGCUGGACCACCAGGAGACGCCGGACCAGACGGAGCACCAGGACAACCUGGACAACCAGGACCUGCUGGAGACGCAGGAGCACCAGGAUCCGGAGGAGGAUGCGAUCACUGCCCACCACCACGUACCGCUCCAGGAUAUUAG